AUGAAUGAAGCAGUUCUAUAUAAUGGUAAAAAGGUUGCUCUUGAUAAUCUGUAUAAUUUAACGCUGGACACAGUUGAGAAUGGGCCGAUUGAAGUUGAAUAUGACUUAUGCCAAAUACGUUUUGAGAAGCUUCUUGAAAGAAUUGAUCAUUCUUUAAUAGCUGAAGUUUGGGAAGUUCAUUCUAUUGAGAAUAAGUUAAAUAUUGGACAACAUAUAGUUUUAUUAAAAAAUGGCUUUCAUUUAUGCACCUGUAUCUUGUUAUUUGAUAGUGAAAUUGUAUGUUACCAUUGGUUCUAUGUUAUUUUACAAUCAGAAAAAGGUCUUUUUCAUAUUUCUCUUAUUCCAAACUAUUGGUAUAAGGAUGAUGUAGAUUCAUUAGUUAAUAAUAAGCCAUUUGUUAAAGCAAAAUUAAAUAAACAUGAUGAUUCAACAUCGAACACAUUAAGCAUACCCUCAUUUUCAGCUGUUGAAGAAUCAUGGAAUACUAUAUUUAUUGAACCACCUGAACAAGCUGCUGCAAAAGUGAUUGUUGAUUAUGAUGAUCCUAAUGAUUCUGAUGUUUUGAUGAAAAUGUUUAAAAAAUGGAUUUACAAACAUGAAGAAGUACAGUGUAGCAAAAAAAUAAACCAGCUACAAAAUACUGAAGAUGAUCAAGCUUCAAAAUAUGAGCAAGUAGAUAAUGAAGUCUUAGAAUGCGAUCUGGCUAUGGAAGAUGAUUAA